UGCUGCUGCUCCGGGAAGGCCUGGGCUGUGCUGCUGUGUCCCGGCUGGAUUAGCCCCUGCCUCCUGCCCUGCUGGGGAUGGCCCUGCCAGCAGGCAGCACCUCCUGAGCCCGGGCUGGGACAGCUCAUUUGAGUGCGGCUCUGUGGAAACUAUGUGAGCUGGUUCUGCUCUCCUGAAGUAAACAUGAUGAAAACGGAGUCUUCGGGAGAAAGAUCGACCCUCCGAAGUGCCUCUCCUCACAGGAAUGCUUACAGAACUGAGUUCCAGGCACUGAAAAGCACCUUUGACAAACCGAAAUCAGAUGGAGACCCAAAAACGAAAGAGGAAGGAGAGGCCUCUCAGAGCAGGGGGAGGAAAUAUGGCUCAAAUGUCAAUAGGAUUAAGAACUUAUUCAUGCAGAUGGGCAUGGAGCCCACUGAAGGUGCUGGAGCUGCCCCCAAAACCAGGGGGAAGGGUGGUCCUCCAUCACCUCAGAGGCGAAACAGGCCCAAAGAGUUUGUAGAGAAAGCAGACGGUUCAAUUGUAAAACUUGAAUCUUCUGUUUCAGAGAGGAUUAGCAGGUUUGACACCAUCCAUGAUGGCCCUUCUUACUCCAAGUUUACCGAAACGCGCAAGAUGUUUGAGCGCAACGCUCAUGACGUGGGACACUCCAAUCGCUAUUCCCCAAAGAAGGAGAGGGCAGUUUCCAGCGAGCUGGCAGAGGAGUGGUGCAGCUCCAAGUUGCACAGGGGCAGCACUGACUCCCUGGACAGCCUCAGCCCCAGGACGGAGACUGUCUCUCCAACCGUGAGUCAGCUCAGUGCGGUUUUUGAAAACGCCGACUCGCACAACGUCGUUGCUUUGGAAAAGUCAGAGAACAACGAAGAAUACUCCGUAACCGGUCACUACCCGCUCAACCUCUCAUCCAGCGUCACUAACAUCUCCUCCCCUGUUGCAAACCUCGAGGGCUUUAGUCCUUUGAAGGAUGCUGGCACGUGGUCUCCGCCAGCCAAGCAGGGAUCCAGCACGAUGUCUGCUGAGCACUCUCAGCAUAACAGUGCGCCUCCUGCACUGAGACAGAAGGCGACCGCAGGCGCUGUGUUGGGUUCAAAAACAGCUGAAGAAGUAAAGAAGAACACAGAACCAAGUGCUGAUUCCAUUGAGAGCCCUGAGGUCAGUCAGCAGGAUCUGGUGCUUGACCGCGAAAGGUCUGCGGACAGUUCUGCGAGGAGUAAGGCAAAAACAGACACAGAAAUUUUGUUGCGACAAAAGGAACGUUCAGAACAUGCAGAGGGUAUUGCCGAUAGACCUGAAGCUGCAGAAAUACCAAGAAGUUUAGUUUCAGGGGAUGAUUUGGCAGCAGAUGCUGCUUCAGAUGCUGCUGAGACCCAUUAUGAUGAGGCAAGCGAGAAAGAAGUGCAUGAAGAUGGGAAUAAUUUCCAGAGUUCCCACGUGUACAUGCAUUCUGACUACAACGUGUAUAGGGUACGAUCGAGGUAUAACUCUGACUGGGGAGAGACAGGGACAGAACAGGAUGACCAGGAUGACAGUGAUGAGAAUAACUGUUAUGAACCUGAUAUGGAAUACUCAGAGAUUAAUGGAUUGCCAGAUGAAGAUGAAAUCCCAGCCAACAGAAAAAUACAGUUUAGCCGUGCUCCAAUUAAGGUUUUCAAUACAUACUCCAAUGAAGACUAUGACAGGAGAAAUGAUGAAGUUGACCCAGUGGCUGCAUCAGCUGAAUAUGAACUCGAGAAGCGUGUGGAAAAGCUGGAGCUUUUCCCAGUUGAACUAGAAAAAGAUGAAGAUGGACUUGGCAUUAGCAUUAUUGGAAUGGGAGUUGGAGCAGAUGCAGGCCUUGAAAAACUGGGAAUAUUUGUCAAAACAGUAACAGAAGGUGGGGCAGCAGAAAGAGAUGGCAGGAUCCAAGUGAAUGACCAAAUUGUGGAAGUUGAUGGCAUCAGUCUGGUUGGCGUUACACAAAAUUUUGCUGCAACUGUUCUUAGAAACACUAAAGGGAAGGUCAGGUUUGUAAUUGGCCGAGAAAAACCAGGCCAAGUGAGCGAGGUUGCACAGCUGAUUAGCCAAACUCUGGAACAGGAACGCCGCCAGAGAGAGCUCCUGGAGCAGCAUUAUGCACAGUACGAUGCGGAUGAUGAUGAGACAGGGGAAUAUGCUACAGAUGAAGAAGAUGAUGACAUGGGACCUGUCCUUCCGGGAGGUGACAUGGCUAUUGAGGUGUUUGAUCUUCCUGAAAAUGAUGACAUGUUCUCCCCAAGUGACGUGGACACCAGCAAGCUCGCUCACAAGUUCAAAGAGUUGCAAAUCAAACAUGCAGUUACAGAAGCUGAAAUUCAGAAGCUGAAGACGAAGCUACAGGCUGCUGAGAAUGAGAAGGUGAGGUGGGAACUGGAGAAGACCCAACUGCAACAGAACAUUGAGGAGAAUAAGGAGAGGAUGAUGAAAUUAGAGAGUUACUGGAUUGAGGCCCAAACCCUGUGUCAUACAGUGAACGAGCACCUCAAGGAGACACAAAGCCAGUAUCAAGCUCUGGAGAAGAAAUAUAACAAGGCAAAGAAGUUAAUCAAGGAUUUUCAGCAAAAAGAACUUGACUUCCUCAAACGCCAGGAAGCUGAACGAAAGAAAAUUGAAGAUUUGGAGAAAGCACAUCUUGCAGAGGUUCAAGGCUUACAGUCUCGUAUACGAGACUUGGAAGCAGAAGUUUUCAGGCUACUGAAGCAAAACGGGAGCCAGGUUAACAAUAACAACAACAUUUUUGAAAGGCAGACAUCUUUUGGAGAAGUUUCUAGAGGAGAUCCAGUGGAAAAUCUAGAUACUAAGCAAGUGUCCUGUCUGGAUGGCUUAAGUCAAGAUUUCAAUGAGGCAGUGCCAGAAACAGAGAGACUGGACUCAAAAGCUCUGAAAACCCGAGCUCAGCUUUCAGUGAAGAACAAGCGGCAGAGGCCAACUAGGACAAGGCUCUAUGACAGCAUCAGUUCAACUGAUGGAGAGGACAGCCUUGAACGAAAGCCAUCAAACAGUUACAGUAGUCCCAUGCACAUUUCAAAAUCACCACUGCCCUUAUGCAUGAGAGCAUCCUCACCAGCAUCAGAUUCUGGUGCUUCCUCCCUCUCCCCAGUGGCUAGCAGUGCAGCAAUCUCCCUUGACAACCUAACUGAAAACCAAGAAGAAGGACAGCAGCACAAAGGAGGUGUCCUUUCCCUGUGUGCUCGGGGAGACACUCCACUUUCUUCUCCUUCAAAAUCUGGGCACAGCUCUGAAGCAUCUCCUUUGCAUCACCCAGCUGGCAGGAAUGUUUUUCAAGAUCAAGAUGGUGCCACAUGUGCCCAGGCAGCAAGAGCUACUCUUCCUACUAUAGGGCAUGCAGAAAAACUAAAGCGAAAACUUGCAGAUCUUGGGGCUCCCUUGCGAAGGAGUUCAAACAAGGGCAAGAAGCGGAAAGAGAAAGAAGCUGUUAGGGUCACCUGUGGCAUUAGGACCACCAGAGAGAUGCUGCAGAAAUCAGCCAACAGUAAAUCUUUAACAGAACGAUCCUCCUCUCUCCCACACUGUGUACCAUUCACAUGGUAUGGAGAGGGUGGCAAGGGAUCCAAUUCUUCUAGCAACCUGCCAUCACCUACGAGCUCAACAGAACCUUCCUCUGAAAACAUAAGCCCAGCUAAAAAAGGGUCAAAGAAUUUCACAUUCAAUGAUGACUUCAGUCCCAGCAGCACAAGUUCAGCUGAUCUGAGUGGUUUAGGAGCAGAACCCAAAACCCCAGGUUUCUCACACUCCUUAGCGCUAUCGUCAGAUGAGAUCCUCGAUGACGGACAGUCUCCAAAACACAGUCAGUGCCAGAACCGGGCUGUUCAGGAGUGGAGUGUGCAGCAGGUUUCCCACUGGUUAAUGAGCCUGAACCUUGAACAGUAUGUUUCUGAAUUCAGCGCCCAAAACAUUAAUGGGGAGCAUCUCCUUCAACUGGAUGGGAGUAAGCUUAAGGCUCUUGGUAUGACAUCUUCCCAAGACAGGGCAGUCGUUAAAAAAAAGCUAAAGGAAAUGAAAGCAUCUCUGGAGAAAGCUCGCAAAGCCCAAGAGAAAAUGGAAAAGCAAAGGGAAAAGCUUCGGAAGAAGGAACAAGAGCAACUGCAGAGGAAAUCGAAGAAAACAGACAAGUCUUCGUCAGAAGCAACAGAGGGCACUAAUGAGCAGUGAUAAGCAGAAGUGCUGCUGGGUUUGUAACAUGGAGGCACUUCGAGGGAAGAGAAACUCACACCCACUCUGGUGCCCCUUCAGCUUUCUUGCGUUCAUUACACGAGUGUGUACAGAGAAAUGGAGCUAUACAUAGAAUGACCGGGGAACUUUAUCUUGUGUAGUUUUAUUUUCCUGCAUAUCCCGUUCUCGCUCGUUGUUGUUGCCAUGUUAAACAACCCCAACCCUCGGUCAGUUUUGUUGUUGUUGACAGCUAACAGAUUUCAUAUUUGUGUGGCAUUGUUUCCUUCCAGACUACUCUUUUCUUUUGAGCUCUGUGUGUUCGGUCACUUCAGUAACCAGCAUGAUGCUGAGGAGCAUGGUCCACUGCUUCACCUCUUCUGAACACGAUGGCCAGUCAAAGUGAUUGGUGAACGCUUAUGCAUCUGAGUAAAAGGAUUUUUCUCUGUCUGAAAGGAGAUGACUUACUUAACUUUCUAACUGGAAUUUCCGCUUCUCUGCAGUGUUUUGAUACUCAAUUCCGUCUACUGGAGUAAGUUUCGUCUUGCAACAGUACACUGAAGUGACACUGCUCUGGAAACACAACUGUUCCAUGACUUCUUAAUAUACACUGGAGAUAAAGACAGGAGAGUGGAUAUCCCCCCUGGGUAAAAGACAGGAGGUGGAACUCUUUCUGUUAACUGUACAGUAGUUAAUCCAGGAAGGAGGCAAAGCCUUAAACGAUUAUGUGGGUUUACACAGAAAUCUGAGGAUAACAUUUAUCCUUUAGAUAUCUGAGCAAGGUUGAAUUUCUAUCUAGAGCACAGCGUAUAGAUCUGUAUAAAUUUCUUUGUGCUCCCAGUGUGUAGGUAACUUUCUUAUAGCACACUGUACUUUCUUUUUCAUGUAUUUUGAACAGGAAACUGGGCUUAUUUUGUUUUGUUUUGUAUUUUUUUUCCAAGAAAAACACAUCUUCAGAUGCGUUCUCCAAUAAGCAUUGGAAGUGUAUGUUUUGUGCUGUGCUGUUACGAAGCUGUCAUUGGAAACGAUUAUCAAAGUUAAGUCUGCUGAAGACUUUCCGUUUUUACAGAAGUGCACUUUAAGCAGAGGAAGAAGAAGGAUUCUGGUUAGGAUUGAAUUCAGUACGUUGCUUCUAAGAUCAGUGCUGCCUUGGAGGUGAAGGUUACUAAAUCCAAAGCUGCCAUGUAUUAACUGUUUUGAUUGAUGUGUUUAAAGAAUAUCUCUACUAAAACCUGAAUUUUUAGGCAUGGGCUGCAGAACAUUUGGGUGGUUUAACAGUAGUCUUGUUACAUAUGCCAGAGCUCCCUGUUCUCCCAGCCUGUUAAGUCCAUUGGCGAAGCCUGCUGAAUAGUUCUGACUGUGACAGAAGCAAUGCAUAACUCGCACUGGGUGAUGUUACUGCCUCUUAAGAGUGGUAUUAAAAUAUUCAGUAUUUCUUCAAAAGAAUGAAAAGACAAAUGGCAAAUAUCCAUUACAAGAAAUUGGAGGUGUUACCUUAUUGCUUUUAGUCAGAGCUAACUAUGCAGCAGCAUUUGUGUUUGAGAAACAUCACUUUCUGUUUGUGCAUUCUGAAAGUUGCAGCCUUCAUCUGGCCAGUUGUUUUAGGUGUUGAUGCAAAGGUACAAACUUGAACUUUAAAUUUGCCAACGUUGAAUUCCUUGGAAGAAAAUGUUUGUUUUAGUUUGGCUUGGCUUCUCUCUUGCUCUGUACUUUAUGACAUUCAGAUUUGCCUGUCAAGUUCUCUGAAAUUCAGAUUUGAAACAGUUGGGGUGCAAUGUUUAGAGUUAAAUGUCUUUGAUCAUAAUCAUUUCUUUGAUGUGUAGAAUGGUCUACACUGACAGAGCCUACUGCAUUCAAAGCUACUACACAGCAUAUCUACUUAGUCUUACCUUAGUUUUUGCUUCCAGAUCCAAUUUCUACAAGUUUCUGAUGUAUAUUUUACUCAAACAUAAGAACAAAACUACCAUCAGAGAUACUUUCUAAUAUUUCUAAUCGCUUCUGAUAUUUUUCUUGAGAUAGACCACGGGCAAAAAUAGACGUGCUAACAAGAAUUCCACAUUGGAGUGAAUAUUUGUGCACUCUCUGUUGGAAAAAAAACACAAAAAAGUUUUAACAGCCUGAUAAAAGUAGCAUUCUGUCAUCUUAGGAGGUUAUAAAUUUGUACUCAAAUGAGAGAAGUUAUAUGGAAGAAACUGGAAAUUUCAUAUUUUAAAUACAAUGUUGAUAAAAUGCAUUUGAUGUUUUUAAGUUAUGUUUACAUUAUAGUAAUGUUUAAGUGGUUGUAUGCAGUAAUCUGAGGUGGUGUCCCUGCUUUAUGUUGUCUGUGUUCAUAGGAACCUGAGCAGGCUGCUUGGCAUUAUAUGUUGAGUUUUCAUUCUUGCAGCUUAGAAAAGUGCCUCGUUAAUCUGUUUGUAAAUCAGGUUCUUAGUCUACAGAAUAACUAAUUUGACCUACUGAAAUCCUUACAGUAUUUGUGUGUUUUUUAUUGCUAUGUGGGAAUGUUACUUCGUUAGUCUCUGAUUUUAAAAAAAAAAAAAAAAAAAGAAAUUAAAAAGCAGUAGCUUAAAGUUAAAAUAAAACCAUAAAAUGCAUAUUGAUCAACACAGGGAAACAGAACAAACCAAGCAAUGUCAGGAGUUUGCUCCUCUUUCUGUGAGAAAAGAGAUUUAUAUGGCUCCUUUUAUUACGAUCACAUUUUGGAGGCACGGACAAAUGUCACUGGACUACAGACAUAAAGAGCAGUGCAGUCUGAAACCCUUCUUGCUGUUCUAUAGGAUGUUUAAAAUUGUGUUGCAUUUCUUCCCCUUUUAUUGUGUAACAGCAUCUAUGAAACAGAAGAUGAAGUUGUCUCAUCAUCGUGAACUUAAAUUUCCUGUAAACCAAUGCUAAGUCAGACUAAUGGUUUUGUGUGUGUAUGUAAUAAGAAACACAUAACUCCAUGCUAAAUGACUGCAAAGACUUUCUCUUGGCUCACCUGCAGGAGUAUUUGUAGCCCAUUUUUGCAUCAUUCUUGCAGUUUUGGAUGUGCUGACAGAGCGCUGUGCAGGCAGCUCGGUGGUUCCAUGCCUCUGCGAUGCCUGUGCCUGCUCCAUGCCCAGCUGCCCACAGCUGGCAGAAGGUGAUUGCUGCUGGGGCAGCACCAGGAUGCUUCUGGGACCUCUAGUUUGCUCCUGUUGCCAUGGAGGUGCCCAUCUGCCUGCAUGCACACAUCCGGCUUGUGAAAGAGUGCAGGUGUAGCCCACAGAGCAGAAAGGAGAGCUAGCUGGAGCUUGGAAAGGCAGAAAGUAAGAGAUGCAGUAUGGCACGUUACUGGAGUCCUGAAGUCCUGCACUGAGGUUCUGGGGGAGUGCAGUGGCUCUUUGCUCUAUCCAGGUCUCAGGAUCUCUUUUCCAGCUUGUGGUUUCCCCCGUGUGAUAUGAGUUGCAGCUCCCACUGAGGUUUCCAUCUGCCUGGGCAGAACAGGACCAGGCAUGAGGAAGGAGCUCAGGCUGGUAUGUGCAGUGCACAGAGCACUGCUCACUACUGCAUGUACUUCACCCAUUGGUCCCAGCAGGAGUGGUGGUGCUCAGUGUUGGUAGAGCCUAUUCUACCUCAUGGGCCACAGUUGUCUAGCAGACCAGCAGCCGUUACUAAGAACAGAAUUAGGUGAUGUUUGUAUCUCAGUGUAUGCAAAUCUGGUUUCGUUUUGAUUCUUUUUGCAGAGGCAUCUGUUGUGCCAUGACUCUGGUCUGCUGCAGGGAUACUGCAAGGAUCCAGGUUUGACAAGAAUUACUGAGCAGGCAACUCUGAGGUUUGCCUGUCUUCCGCUCUCAUUAGCAUUCACCUAGCAUCAGUCUAACACCCCAACUGCUUGCUUUCAUCUAAGCCUCCUGCCUCUCAAGCUACUCCACCUCUGAGCUGCUCGUGUGCUGGCAAAUAAGAGGUGGUUGACACUAUGUCAUCCCAGCACUGAAAAGCAAAAGAAAAGCUUCGCAUAUAGCCAGCUGUGGGUCUUGGAAGACUCUGCAGUGUGGUCUGUGCUGUUUCUCAGUGCUGAAGUUUAAGGGAAGUUUGCAGGAAUUAAAUCAUGUAUUAAUUAUUUAGCCACAUGUUUACGGUGGAAAACUACUGUCAGAAAGGAAAACCUGAUUUUGUUUUUUUGAGGUGCGGCCUCUUCCCCUGCGAUGUCAUCCAAGUGGCGGAGAGGCUGGACCCUUUCUGUAGCAAUUCCCUCCUCCCAUGCUUCCCUCAUUUAAAACCUCAGGAAACCAAAGCUGUGAGCCAGAACACUGAAAAAAAAAAAAAAAAAA